AGCAGUCAGAAUAAGUAAAAUGAGUAACUUAAACUACAGUACAUUACUAACUACAGUUUUUAUCAUAUAAUCUGUAAUCAGUAACAAGAUUACAAUUUGUUAGUAAUCUACCCAGCACUGUCUAACAGUGGAUGGUGGCUGGUCAUGUUUUUAAGGCUGUUGUCCUGCUUCUUUGCAGCUUGUACUUUUUGAGUGUUUGUCUGAAACUGACAUCUAGUAGACAUUUCAAGAUGUACAGACUCACAAACGCAAAUGUUUUACACAUCACUCAAACACAGACACAGGAAACAAGAAUCACAUGACUUAAAGGAAAGAGAAACUGAAGUGUAGUUGAGCUGUUGUGUGUUGUGUGUUGUGUCUCUGUAUUCAUGCAGUAAAAUGGAAGAAGCCAGAUUUUCUCAGUUUGAGUUCAUGUGUCCAGUGUGUCUGGAUCUCCUGAAGUAUCCAGUGACCAUCCAGUGUGGACACAGUUACUGUGAGAACUGUAUUACAGAUUGCUGGGAUCAGGAGGAUCAGAUGAGAGUCUACAGCUGCCCUCAGUGCAGACAGACCUUCAGUCCAAGACCUGCUUUAGCUAGAAACACCAUGCUGGUUGAACUGGUGGAGAAACUGAAGAAGAGGAAACGUCCUGCUGACUGUUACGCUGGAGCUGGAGAUGUGCAGUGUGACAUCUGUACUGGAAGAAAAUAUAAAGCCGUCAAGUCCUGUCUGAUGUGUCCGAACUCUUACUGUCAGAAUCACCUCGAACAACAUGAGAGUUUCUUUAAAGGAAAGAGACACAAUUUGACUGAUGCCACUGGAAGACUGCAGGAGAUGAUCUGCCAGAAACAUGAGAAGCUCCUUGAGGUUUUCUGUCGCACUGAUCAGAAAUGUAUAUGUGUGCUGUGCAUGGAUGACCACAAAAACCACAACACUGUAUCAGCUGCAGCACAGAGGACAGAGAAACAGGAGCAGCUGAAGAAGACACAGAAGACGUUCCAGCAGAGAAUCCAGCAGAGAGAGAAAGAUCUUCAGCAGCUGAGAGAGACUGUGGAGUCUCAUAAGCGCUCUGCACAGACAGCAGUGGAGGACAGUGAGAGGAUCUUUACUGAGCUCAUCCGCUCCACUGAGAGACGCUGCUCUGAGCUGGUACGACUCCUGAUUCCUGAUAUCAGAGAUCAGGAAAAGACUGCAGUGAGUCGAGCUGAAGGACGACUGAAGCAAAUGGAGCAGGAGAUCAAUGAUCUGAGGAGGAGAGACGCUGAGCUGGAGCAGCUUUCACACACACAGGAUCACAUCCAGUUCCUGCAGAGUUUCCAGUCUCUCUCAGCACCUCCUGAAUCUACAGACAUAAAUGAAGAUCCCUUCCGUUCUCUCGUCUCUUCUGAUGGUCUGAGAGAAUCUGUCCAUCAGCUGAGAGACAAACUGGAGGAUUUCUGCAAAGAGGAGCUCAAGAAGAUCUCAGACAGAAUCACGUUCACCAACAUAUUGGUCCCAGAAACCAGGAACGACUUCCUACAAUAUUCCCGUCAGCUCAGCUCUGGAUCCAAACACAGCAUAUAA